CAACGGACAUCAGCAGCUAGCAUCACCACCACACCGCACCACCGAUUUGGUUUUUUCUUUUCUAAUGCUGCAUCCAUCCACUGAUCCGUCGCUGCCAACCUUCCAGGUGACCUCACCGGAGUGACCCACACUCGCGUGUCCUGUGCAAGCCGCUCUGCUAACCCACACCUAAUGCCGUUGCCUUUUUCUAAUCCAUGUGCGAGGCUAAUCCUCCUUGCAAUUUUAUUCCCCUGUCGCUUCUCACGCAAAGCUUCCCUCCCUUCUAAACCCGCAACCGCAAGUACUUGUAGCUGGGACUCGGAGUACUCUGCUCUUUUCUUUUGUUGCAUCGCCAUCCGCCACCUGCUCCACAGAAAAGGUCCAAGAAUUCGAGGGCAGGUUUCCAAUUUCCAAAAUGGCCACGCCAAGAUCCUCCCCCAACCCCUAGCACAUGCCAUGCGCAGCAAUUUUGAUUUCUCUCUCCAAAAAGAUUUCAUUCCAUUCCAUCUCGUCAUUCGGAUUGGUCAUAAAGCAGAGCUCCCCCUUUGAUCCACAGUGGUUUAGUGAUUUCGUUUCCUGUUGCUCGGUGAGCUGCGUGAUUGAUUCGAGCUACGAUGAGUAGCAGCAACUCGACGUGGCUGAUGCCUCCGCCGUCGCCGCCGCAGCCUCCGUCGUCGGCGCUGGACAACGCGGAGGCCAAGAUAAGCCCGAGCAUCCUCUUCAUCGUGGCCAUCCUGGCGAUCGUCUUCUUCGUCUGCGGCCUGCUGCACCUGAUGGUGCGCCACCUGCUGCGGCUGCGCCGCCGCCGCCGCGCGCGGGAGGACGCGGAGAGCGUCACGGCGUUCCAGGGCCAGCUGCAGCAGCUCUUCCACCUCCACGACGCCGGCGUCGACCAGGCCUUCAUCGACGCGCUCCCGGUGUUCCUCUACCGCAACGUCGUGGGCGGCGCCGGCCAAAGCGAGGGGAAGGAUCCGUUCGACUGCGCCGUCUGCCUGUGCGAGUUCUCCGCCGACGACCAGCUCCGGCUGCUGCCCAAGUGCAGCCACGCGUUCCACCUGGAGUGCAUCGACACGUGGCUGCUCUCGCACUCCACGUGCCCGCUCUGCCGGCGGAGCCUCCUCGCCGAGCUCUCGCCGACGUGCAGCCCCGUCGUGAUGGUGCUCGAGUCAGAGAGCUCCCGCGACAUGGGCGCGCCGGCGACCCGGGCCACCGACGACGCCGACGGCGAGCCGAGCGGUCUCGCUUUGGCGCAGGAGGGAGCAGAGGAAGUGGUCGAGGUGAAGCUGGGGAAGUUCAUGUGCGUGGAAGGCAACGCCAAUGCGAAUGCCGCCGCCAACGACGGCGACGGGGCCGGAACCAGCACCGACGGCAAUUGCGACGCCAAUGCCAAGGCAGGUCUCGGGCAGAGAAGGUGCCACUCCAUGGGGUCUUACGAGUACGUCAUGGACGAGCGCGCCUCUCUCCGCGUGGCGAUCAAGCCGCCAAAGAAGAAGCCUGCGGUCUCCAAGUCGCGCCGCGGCGGCGCGAUGUCGGAGUGCGAGUUCGGCGCGUCCAAGCGCGGCGAGACAUUGCUCCGCCUGCCGUUCACGGCGAUGGUCCAGAAGCAACAGCAGCAGUCUGACGCGGCCAUGGCGAAGCUCUCCAAGGACAGCUUCUCCGUGUCCAAGAUUUGGAUGGUGCCUUCGAAGAAGGAGCCCAACGCGGCCGGCGAGAGGCGCGCGGUGUCGUUCCGGUGGCCGGUGAGCAAGGACGACGAGGAAGGCAAGGACAAGAAGAGCGGGAGCGAGGCGGACUGGGACGUCGAGGCCGGGAGCUGCGGCGGCAACAGCGUGGUGUCCUCGCUCGCCGAGGAGAGGCCGUCGUUCGCGAGGAGAACCUUGCUCUGGGUCGUCGGAGGCCGUCAACAGAGCAGAGUCGGAGCUGUUCAUGAUCAGGACACCUGAAGAGGGAAAAAACAGAAAUUCUUUUGUUCUCUCUUUCUUUGUGUUCUUUUGGCAGAUUGGUGGUAGCGAGUAGUGGUUGCGGUAGCUAGAAUUGUGUAAAACCCAAAAGGCUCUGAAGAAUUCUUUCUCUCGCUUGUGUAUUUGGAUUCGGCUUCGUUUCAGGCUUUCAGCAGUGAGGAGGCAUUCCUGAUCAGAAAGAAGUUCAGAACUCA